ACACGUAACUAACAUAGGGAUCAAAACCCUAAAACCCACUCACUGGCAGUCUUCUUCUUCCCUAGUGCUUCCUUCUCUCUCUCAGAACUUGUGUUACUAGUGUCUCCAUUCUCUCUCUAAUAACCUUACCAUGGCUCUAGUACUUGAAAAUCCAUUCCCGAAAUCCUUGUCGAAAACUGGCCCGACCAAGUUUUCUGACGAUGGAAAGCUGCUAGAGCUUGUAGUGAAAGAAGGAUAUGGAGUUAAGGGUAUGGUGGAUUCAGGCAUAGCAGAAUUGCCUCAAAGAUAUAUACACCCACCACAUGAGAGAAUAGUGAGGAAGGAGGCCAUUGAUGCUCUUUGUUAUUUGGCGAAACCCAUCGAUCUUUCGAAGCUUGGAAGAGAGGGAGGAGAGGAGGUAGCUAGAGCACUUUGCGAGAGUGCUGAGAAGUUAGGGUUUUUUCAGGUUGUGAACCAUGGGGUGCCUUUUGAGUUGCUUGAGAGUAUGAAGUGCGCCACAAAGAGGUUCUUUGAGAUGCCUGUUGAGAAGAAAGCGAUGUAUCUGAGAGGGAAGACGCCAUGUCCAAAUGUGUUUUAUGGCACAAGCUUUGCUCCUGAUAAAGAGGUGUGUUUGGAGUGGAAGGACUACCUUAGCAUGAUCUACAUGAAUGAUGAGGAAGCUCUUAAGUACUGGCCUGAGCAGUGCAGGGAUGUGUCCUUGGAGUACCUAAAAAAGUGUAAGGCAAUGAUAAGUGGAAUAUUGAAAGGGCUCUUGGAGGGGCUAGGUGUGGGUUUGGAAGAGGGGGCUUUGGAGGCAUACAUGGAGGCCAAGGCAGUGAACCUGAACUACUAUCCACCCUGCCCUAACCCUGAGCUCACUGUGGGCGUGGGCCGGCACUCGGAUCUGGCUGCCCUCACCGUACUGUUGCAAGAUGAAAUAGGGGGACUCUAUGUGAAGGUCGACAAGGGUUGGAUUGAGAUAUCUCCUGUUCCUGGUGCCCUUGUUAUCAACGUUGGUGACACAUUAGAGAUACUGAGCAAUGGGAGGUACAAGAGCGCAGAGCACAGGGUGAUGGCAAGCGGAAGCAAAGAACGUGUUUCGAUACCGAUAUUCGUGAGCCCGAGGCCUCACACCAUGAUCGGCCCGUUGCCAGGUCUCGUAGAGGACGGGAAAGCAGUGUACGGAAGACUUCUAUUUGGAGAAUACAUGGCAAACUACUUUGGAGCAGGUCACCAAGGGAAGAGUUCACUGGACUUUGCUAGGAUCUAGAACUAUACACUAAGUAGAGAAGUGCCUUUUGCCAAGAGAUCUAGAGAAGUAUGGCGAAGCAAAACAAUUCAGGGUUUUUGGCACUUUUGAAUGGCAUGAUAGGCCCUAUAAUUUUGUUUUAAGAUGUCUAAUGGACCUUUUACUCAUAAUAAAUAAGAGUUGAAGAUGUUUUAAAGCUUGUUUCA